AUGUACCUUCGAAGCACUCUCCUCUCGCUGUCCGCCCUCGUGGCGGCUAAGGAGGUAGCCAAAGACCAGGUCAAGGCGGCGAAGCUUUAUGAUUCCGGUAUUAAACACCAGAACAAUAUCGCUCUGAAGAUGGAGACGUUUGGACGGCAACGGGCUGCGGGCGUCUAUGAGUCGGCGCAGUACGCCGAAAUCAAAGAUUUUAUGCCGUGUACUAAUGGCGCCGUCGUUGCCGGUAACGACACGUUCAAAUGCAACAACAUUGAUCUGUACCACUUCCUUUCGCACGCUGAACUGGGAAGCACCCGUGGUUUUGGCUCGUCAUCGUGGGGCUGGACCAGUGCCGAUGGCCGCGAGUUCAUGGCUAUUGGGCAGUCAGACGGCACAGCAUUCGCUGAAAUAUCCAAAGAGGGCAAGCUUGUAUACCUCGGGCGUCUUCCCCAAUACUCUGUCCCGAGCGAAUGGCGCGAGAUCCGGGCUCAAAAUGACCUCAUGAUAAUUGGAAGCGAGGCAACGGGCCACGGCAUUCAGAUCUUCGACAUGAAGAAGCUGUUGGACAUUGACCCCGCGAAGCCCGUCACCUUCAGCAACGACAAAGAUCUCGUUGGACACUACGACAAGCUCCCCACUGGCCGCACGCACAACGUCGUCACAAAUCCGAAGACUAACUACAUCUACUCAGUGGGAGCCCAGCCGAGGAGCGAUGCCUGCAAAUCCGGAAUCAUCUUCAUUGACAUCUCCGAUCCUUCGAAGCCAACCAACGCCGGCUGUGCGUCUGCUGAUGGCUAUGUUCAUGACGCGCAGUGCGUCCUCUAUAAGGGCCCGGAUGCUCAGUAUGAGGGUCGCGAGAUCUGCUACGGUUACAACGAGGAUACGCUCACGAUUUACGACGUCACAGACAAGAAGAGUCCUCAGAUUAUCUCCAUCACGUCCUACGAAGGUGCCUCGUACACUCAUCAGGGCGCUCUUCUCGACGUUGAGAACCAGCACUAUCUUCUCCUCGACGAUGAGUAUGAUGAGUACGAUAAGGUCGGCCCGGGUGUGCCCGGAAAUCCCAUCACCUACAUAUGGGACAUUUCAUCGCUCAAGAACCCGAAGCAGACUGGCCUGUACAAGUCCGGUGCCAAGGGUAUCGACCACAACCAGUACGUCGCCAACGGUUUUGCCUACCAGUCGAACUACGGAACAGGCUUCCGAGUCCUAGAUGUGCGCUCUAUUCCGCAGGACCCCACCGGUGCCGGCGUGAAGGAAGUCGGUUUCUUCGACAUUUACCCUGAAGACGACAACCAGCCUGGCGGUGGCAUCGUGGACUUUGUCGGUACCUGGAGCAGCUAUGCGCUGUUCAAGAGCGGAUAUAUCUUCGUCAACACGAUGGAACGUGGCGGCUUCGUGCUCAAGAUGAAGGAGGGCUCUCAACUAUAG